AUGUUGGCCCUCUGCCUCGUGGCCGCGCUGCUGCUGGCCGCCGGGCCCGGGCCGAGCCUGGGCGACGAAGCCAUCCACUGCCCGCCCUGCUCCGAGGAGAAGCUGGCGCGCUGCCGCCCCCCCGUGGGCUGCGAGGAGCUGGUGCGGGAGCCCGGCUGCGGCUGUUGCGCCACUUGUGCCCUGAGCAAGGGGAUGCCCUGUGGGGUGUAUACCCAGCGCUGCGGUUCCGGCCUGCGCUGCUACCCGCCCCGGGGGGUGGAAAAACCGCUGCACACUCUGAUGCAUGGGCAAGGCGUAUGCAUGGAGCUGGCGGAGAUCGAGGCCAUCCAGGAAAGCCUGCAGCCCUCCGACAAGGACGAGGGUGACCAUCCCAACAACAGCUUCAGCCCUUGCAGCGCCCAUGACCGCAGGUGCCUACAGAAACACUUCGCCAAACUGCGAGAGCGGAACGCCAACGGGGGCAAGAUGAAGGUCGUUGGGGCGCCCCGGGAAGAGACCCGACCUGUGCCCCAGGGCUCCUGCCAGAGUGAGCUGCACCGGGCUCUAGAGCGGCUGGCCGCCUCGCAGAGCCGCACCCACGAGGACCUCUACAUCAUCCCUAUCCCCAACUGCGACCGCAACGGCAACUUCCACCCCAAGCAGUGUCACCCAGCUCUGGAUGGGCAGCGUGGCAAGUGCUGGUGUGUGGACCGGAAGACGGGGGUGAAGCUUCCGGGAGGCCUGGAGCCGAAGGGGGAGCUGGACUGCCACCAGUUGGCUGAUAGCUUCCGCAAGUGAGCCCUGCCAGCCGGCAGGGGGCUCGGUACUCCCUGCUGUCCCCAUCCCCUGGAGGCUGCAGAGCUGACCUAGAGCCUGGAUCUGAGUCCCGGUUCUGUCUCUGGCUCAGAAGUUUUCCCUUGGGGUGUGUGUGUGUGUGUGUGUGUGUAUGUGUGUGUAUGUGUGUGUGUAUGCUGUGUGUGUGUUUAUGGGCAUGGGUAUAACUCUCGGGGUGAGCUGGAGCCUGGGGGUGUCCUCUUUGGGCUUGGGUAGCCCAUGAGGUAUGAGAGUAGCAAUGAGGAGCUCUGGCGUGUUUCCAAAUUGAUCCUGGCUUGAUUGAUUGAUUGGUUGAUUGACUGAUUGAUUCAUCCAGCCAUCUGAAAACAUUUAUUGACCACAUACUACCUGCCAGCUCUAGUUUUCAGCCCUGGGGGCUCUUAUUCUGACUUCCUCUGAUUUGGGCAUGUGGGAGCCUCUCCUAUAAGGUGAGUGCAGGGUCUGCGGCAGAAGGGAAGUCUCAUUCCCAAAGUCAGAGGAGGAGAGAGGAGCAUAUCCAUACACCUUGACCAUUGCACCUCUUCUCAAUCUAGACAGAGGCUGGGGGCUGUAAGGAAGGUGUGGGGUAGCAGAUGGCUCACUGGUCAUGAGACCUAGACCCUCUCCCAAAGCUAAGCCUUGCUGGGCUCCCCUACACUUCUUCCCCUUGUCCCUCCAGGGGGAAGGACUUGCAGAGACAAGUCCAUCUUUGGGUUGGAGUGGACGCCAUCUGUUUGAUUGCCUGCUAGCAGAGACCCUGCCGUAGGAAAGGAAGAGGGCCCAAGGAAGGCCUGAAAGACAGAGGGUGGGGAGGUGGGGUUCAUCACCAACAGUCAGUGUUGGAAAGAAUGCCAGAUCAGACUGAAGGUGCCUGAGUUGUAGAGGACCCGCAUGCUGGGGGAAGAUGGGGUUUGCCUGGGGUCCCGCUCUCUACUCCAUUGCGUUCACAGCCACCGAGUCACCAGGAUGACUCCAUCCUUCCAGUGGCUCCUCACCUGUGGCUCUGUCCCUGCCCUCUCACCCAUCUCCUUUCCCGACACCUCCCUCCCCAAACUUUCUUACCCUCUCUGGGCAUUUUCAGGCUUGAUUGGGUGGAAGGAGACUUAGGGAACUACCAGUUGCCGUGAUGUCUUUUCUUUUUUUUUUUAACAAAACAGAACAAAAACAAAAAAUGUCUA